AUGGCCACAACAAGCACCUCAAAUACUAGCCGUCGUCCAAAAGUUUUCGUGACGCAGGCUUUACUUCCAGAGGCAGAACAAAUAUUAGAGAAUGCUGAGGGGGUUGAAGUUGAAUUAUGGAAAGAUGGAAUUAUUCCCCGGGAGGAAUUAUUGAAAAAGGUGAAAGGUGUUGAUGGAAUAUUAUGCACGUUAUGCAAUAAAAUUGACAAAGAAGUAUUGGAUGCUGCUGGUCCACAAGUUAAAGUUGUUUCGACAGUAACUGUUGGAUAUGACCACGUUGAUGUGGAAGAACUUCGCAAGCGUAAUAUACCACUUGGAUAUACCCCAGGUGUAUUAACAGACGCGAUGGCAGAUCUUACGGUUAUGUUGGUGUUGGGCGCAGCACGUCGAAUUCGUGAGGGAAUUUUUUCUGUGCUAAAUGGAAAAUGGGGCUUGUGGUCACCAAAUUUUUUGUUGGGAACUCAAUUGACUAAUAAAACAAUCGGGAUUGUUGGUUUAGGUAGAAUAGGCAAAGCAACUGCUAUUCGUUUAAGACCAUUCAUUGGGGUUAACGGAAAAAUAAUUUACAGCGGAAACACUGAUAAAUCAUAUGCCGAUGAAAUUGGCGCAACUAGAGUUGAAUUUGAUACGCUAUUACGCGAAUCAGAUAUAAUUUGUGUCACUUGCGCACUUACCUCACAAACUAAAGAAAUGUUUAAUUACGACACGUUUAAGAAAAUGAAGAAAAGUGUUGUUUUUGUUAAUUCAGCACGUGGAGGUCUCGUCAAACAAGAUGAUCUC